UCCAGGGAGAUAUCCAGCAGCUGAUGAUUGUAGCAGAUCACCGCGCCGCCUUCGACUACUGUGAGCACUACAGCCCCGACUGUGAGGUCCCAGUUCCUGAUCAGCCCCAGAACCAGGACCCCAACACGGACGAAUUUAAAGAGGAAGAGGACAGCUAUUACUACGAGUACCCCUACUAUGACGACGACAUGGAUGGCAAACCCUACGAGUCAUCUCCCGACACAGAAGAAGCUGUGACAGAAAAGCCUACCUUGGAAGACCGGGAGGUCAUGACCUCAAUCAUGGGGUCGGCUGGUGCAGAGGGAAAAGAACUGACCAGUGGCUCAACAAGAAUCGUCGGUGCCGGCUCGUCCGGUGGUGCCGGCUCGUCCGGUGGUGCCGGCUCGUCCGGCGGUGUCGGCUCGUCCGGCGGUGCCAGCUCGUCCGGCGGUUCCCGCUCGUCCGGCGGUGCAGGCUCGUCCGGCGGUGCCAGCUCGUCGGGCGGUGCCCGCUCGUCCGGCAGUGUCAGCUCGUCUACUGGAACUGGAGGCGGAGCUGGAGGCGAAGCCAGAGCUCACGGCGCUGCGGCCGCCACUGGCGAAGAAGCGUACGGCAAGGAGACCAGCCCGUAUGACAGCGAUGACAUCUAUGACGACUACGAGACGUACUACGAAGAGUCUACCGCUUCACCCGACACUUCCUCCCGCCGCGUCACCAUCACCGGCACGGGCGCCGGAGCCGAAGCAGACCUGGUUCUGGGGUCCAACCUGGACCUGGGCACAGGGGCGGGGAUUGAGAAGAUCAUACCUGGCGGUGGAGGGACACACUCAUCUGUCACCAUGACACUCAACAAUACUCUGGUGGGAGGAGCCUAUGAUGAUGACUAUGGUGAGGGUUUCGACCUGUCCUACGGAGAGGAGUACUCCAUCGGGGGCGCCGGCGGCAGCAGCAGCACCAUCGCCAUUGGGGGCGGUUCCUCGUCUGCCGGGGGCGGUUCCGUUUCUGGCGGGGGCGGUUCCGUUUCUGGCGGGGGCGGUUCCUCGUCUGCCGGGGGCGGUUCCGUUUCUGGCGGGGGCGGUUCCUCGUCUGCUGGGGGCGGUUCCGUAUCUGGCGGGGGCGGUUCCUCGUCUGUCGGGGGCGGUUCCGUAUCUGGCGGAGGCUCGGCCAGUGCGGGGGGCGGAGCUGCCAGCGCCGGGGCCGGAGCCGGGGGCUCCAUCGCCACGGGAACGGGCCAGGGCGAGGCCGGGGAGGACGAUUACGGGGAUUUGGAUAAGUUCACAGAGGAGAACAUUCAAGACUACGGAGACAAAAUGUACGACUCCUACGGAGAAUACUCUGACAAGGUUCUGCCUGCUGAAACGGACGAGUACUACGGACAGGUCGACGGGGCUCGCGGAGAGAAGGGUCAGAAGGGAGAGCCAGCCGUCAUUGAGCCUGGCAUGCUGGUGGAGGGUCCCCCUGGGCCUGAAGGACCAACAGGUCUUCCUGGACCCCCAGGACCCUCUGGCGCCCCAGGCAGCUCAGGAGAGGCCGGGGAGAGGGGCCCUAAUGGUCGUGCUGGUCUUCCUGGAGCGGAUGGUCUGCCAGGACCCCCAGGGACAGUCCUGAUGCUGCCUGUAAGUAAACCGAUCAACGAAAACACGGCUUUGAACCGGAAGAAUAUCCAUAGACCCCAUCGUCAAGCAUGAUGACGCGCUCCGCGC